GCCCCGUGAGCGCGAGCUGCCACGCCCUACCGUGACCGCUAAGAAGACGAAGGACCGCCGCUUACCGAGGUCGGUCCAGAACGUUCGUCGCUUGGCCGCCGCAUUUAUCUAGGAAUGAAUCAGCCGGACUCGUUCAGAAGUUACGUCACCAUGCCGCCUGACUACGAGACAAAGCUGCUCGUGGUCUGCGCCAUCGUCAUCAUUGCAAGCGUGAGCCGCAUGGUGAGCCUGCUGUGGCGCCUGCCCAAGAUCGCCGUGAGCAUGGCGUGCGGCCUGCUGCUGGGCCUGCUCGUGGGGCCGGACGUCGCGGGCCAGGGCGCCGAGGCGAGCAGCAUCCCGGUGUACGCCAGCAUGUACGUGCCGGCCGUCACGUACACCGUGACCAUACAGAUGCCCUACCACGUGCUCUGCAGCUGCGCCGUCACCUGUCUCACGCUGGGCACCGCCGGGCUGCUGUUGUCGGCACUGCUGAACGGGCUAGCGCUGUACACGGUGCGGAUUAUAGACGUGCCGAUGCGGGAGCUGUUCUUCUCGAGCCUGCUCAUCUCGUACCAGGAGCCCAUGGUCAUCACCGACGUCAUCACGCCAUCGCCGUUCAAGGCCCGCAUCAUGGAGACGGUGUUGGCCGGCGAGGCGCUCGUGUCCACUUCUCUCUUCUUCUUCUGGGAGGUGGUCGACAACGCCUGGGACAGCGUCAGCGCGACGCGCGUGGCCACGUGGUUCCUGUGGUUCGUGCUGGGCAGCCUGGUGCUGGGCAAGGCAGUGGGCCACGCCAUGGCAUACAUGCUCGACCACCUGCACUACGAGGCGACGCUCAUGUGUAGCCUCUCGCUGGCCUCCGUGUACAUCACCUACUACCUGGCUGACCUGUUCAUGUUUCGCGGAGGCAUGCUGGGCGUCAUCGCCAUGGGCCUCACCAUGAAGUCGUGCGCCACCUCGACCGCCAUGACCGAUGACGAGCCGUUCCUCAGAUUCUGGAGCACGUACCGGUACGUUCUGUGCGUGCUGCUGACGUUCCUGGCGUCGAUGCGCGUCGGCCGCGACCUGAUGCACAUACGAAACUACGGCCGGCCCGUCUACAUGCCCACCGUCUACUGCAUGAUCCGCCUCAGCAACAGGGUGAUCACCGUGGUGGUGCUGUUCCCGGUGCUCCGGCGCACGGGCUACCAGCUGAGCGCUCGCCAGGCCAUGGUGCUCGCCUGGGUCACCCUCAAAGGCCCCGUCACCAUGGUGGCGCUGUCGACGAAGGCCGUCGGAACGUUCACCUACAUGCCCUUCGUCGUGGAGCGCUUCACUCGCGUGCUGGCCGUGAUCGAGAGCUGCCUGAUUCCUGCAUUCACGGUCACUCCGCUCAUGAGGUUCCUCGGUAUGCUCCAGCUGGACGCCCCCGAGUCGGCGCGAGUGCGUCGCUCCAUGAAGUCCAUCUGGGGCGCGGCGGCCAGGUCUCGAGAGCGCCAGCGUUCCCAGCGCAACUUCAGCGGCGCCGACUGGAAGUGGAUCGAGGAGCACAUCUACCUGGCCGACUCGCUGUCGCUCGGAUACCGGCUGGAGAAAGCAGAGUCGCACGAACCAUUACAACCAGCGAAAAAAAAGACGGAGCGAAAUAUGUCCAGCAGGCUCAACCGGAUGACCAAGGUCAUGUUCAAGGACGAAUUCACCACAGAGCGACAAUGCUCGUCCAUCUGCGUCAUACCUGGCCGCGGCAUCGCCAAGGCCUACAUGGAGGUCAACAGGAACAUCCGCACGCUACAGACGGUGUCCUUGCGGAGGCAGUUCGAGAACGGCAUGAUCCACCCGGAGACCUACGCGAAGAUUCUCACCGCCGUACAGACGAAAGUCAAGGACGAUUCGUUCCUCGACUUGGAGACGAUGAAGAAGCUAUUGUAUUUGCCAAACUGGAUGUUCGCCUUCAAAGACAAGGUCCUGUCGGCGCUUCCCGAGUCGAGCGACAACAGCUCGUGGUCGACGAGCGGUUGGGGCAGCGAGCUCCUGUCGCCCGGUCACGUGGUCACCAGCCGGCUCCGGCGCGCCCAGACGUGCAUCCUCUUCAACGCGCUCGCGGCGCUCUCGCUGGCCGCCCUGCUCGCCGGCAUUCUGGUGGCCGACCUGGAGCACCCGUCGCCCCUCUUCACCACCGCCUCGGUGGCGGUGCAAGGGUGCAUGGUGCUGCUGCACUCGGUCGAGAUCAUCGCCAUGUACGCGCGCAGCCCGACGGCAACGUUCCUGGCGGUGGACACGUCGGCGCGCCUCGACCUGGCCGCGUACCUGCUGCAGCUGGGGCUCUUCUGCGUGUCCGCCUGGUGCUCGGCGUUCGACGUGCCCCUGCAAGAGUGCUGGCUGCCCGUCGCCCUGUUCGUCGCGCUGGCCGCGUGCCGGACUCACAAGUUCUGGGUGCACCGGAGGAUAAUAUCGGAGGCGUGGCUCCGUUGGAUGGACCAGGCGAUCAACCAGCGCGUGUUCCGCAUGUACGACAUGGCCGUCGCCUUCAUCAACUCCGAAGAGGAAGUGAUCAAGAGCGUCUCCGCUGCGAAAACUAGCGACCAGGUGACGGUCUUCAUGCGCGAUGAGGCCAACUCCAACAAGCUAGAGCUGCUGAAGGAGAUAAUCAGCAUCCAGCAGCGGUACCCGCAGCUCGAGUGUGUGGCCCGCUCGCGUCUCAUCGCGCGGCGCAUCCUCAACUCGUGCCUGUCCGCCCUCAGCGACCUGGAACAGAGCGGCCUCGUCGAGCAGGACCACUACACCGAGCUCGUAACGCGCCUGGAGAAGCUGAUCCGCGACCUGAACCGGCUUCCGAGCUCGGUGUCGGUGCCCGAGACCACCGUCAGCUUCCUGCUCAGCGUGCCCUGGCUGCCCGCCGAGAGCGUGCCCCGCCUCAAGAAGCUUUACUGCUGGAAGUACAACAAGGGCAUGCAGCUUGUGUCUUCCGGGAAGAAGCACCAGGCCAUCCACAUCGUCUUCUCUGGAAUAGUCAAGAUCGAGGGCACACAUCAGACUGCGCCCCAGCGGCUGCCGGCACUGGCCAACGCCGACUCGAUGCAGUACUUCUCGUCCGAAGACUCCUUCACCGACUUCCUGGUGGCGCCUGGCUCCCUCGGCAUCCUCGGCUUCCUCAACAAGACCAACUCCGUCUGUGACGUCAUUUGCGAGACCGACAUAGAGGCAUGCGUGAUCCCGAUGUCGCUGAUGGACAAGCUGGUGUCCCGGGACGCGUCCUCGCCGUGCAUCCUUUACCGCAUGUGGCAGUGGGUCGCCGUGCGCAUCGCCCUCGACUUGCUGCAGGGGCGAGAGGAGUUCGAGGGCGUGGACCCGGACGCCCUGCGGCGCUACGUCGAGGACGGCCGGCUGCCGUACCUCGGUCGCGCCCGCAGCUUCGUGUUGGAGGAAGACGUGGACUGCGCCGUGCUCGUGCAGGGCACCAUGAGCAGCACGCUGGACAAGGGCCGGCGCGAGUUCUUCGGGCCGCAGUUCGUGCCCGAGAACGUGCGCUGCCUCGACGUAAAGGGCAACCCCGCCACGCGCCCCCUGCCCGUGCUGCUGCUUCUGUGCAAGCACCGGUACCGACUGCCCACCGAGCUGGACUGGCAGAACAUGCCGGGCGAGAUGUUCUCCGCCGAGCCCGAGUACCGGACGCGCACCAUCUCGCGCCGGGGCCGGCGCCUCUCGUCGCGGUCCGCCACCGCCAGACGGCGCUGAGUGCCCGCCGCCCGCCUCGAUCGAAGCGCCACGCGACGGACGUGGCGCGCCGCUUACGAAUAACGCACGAUAGAAUCCUUGAUAAAAGACAGCCGUAUCACCACUUCGUACAGAGACCUGCGCCUUCCCCCUAUCGUCGGCGGUAAACGCGCUUUAGAAACUUCUGUGCCAACCGGCGCAUUAUUAGUGGCUUUCAGGAACUCGGACUGCUGAAGUUCGAGUAUGGUAGGACUCGGUACCCCAAUACACUUGCAGACAUUUUGCAAGCAUCGACACAGGCGCACGCGAUCGAAGGAGCUAGCAAGGAUGGUGUAGGAGGCAACUUCCAAACUUUAAAUAAGCUAUUAUCAAAGACUUGGCGUAUAAUUCGGAGGGUUGCAUGUACCCUGCUAGGUAUCCCAUCAGCAUAGGCUUUGCUUAAUUCGUAUCUUCUGCAACUGUUCUUGCGAGUUUGCUAUUGACUUAAUAUGUAUAUGAAGUAUAGUGCACUUUUUCUGCAA